GCCCUGCCCACGGUCCUCUGGAAGACGGGUGAUCGCGGGAGGGAGAGGAGAGAGAGAGUGCGGCGCCCACCUGUUCUCGAAGAACUCAGCCUACCGAGGAGCGCGACCCGCUUCCCAGCCGUCGAGCAGGCUAGCUAUGGAGGAUGCAGCGGCUGCAACGGCGGCGGCCGACUCGGCCGCCAGAGAGCCUAUGGACAUCAUGAGGGCGCUUCAAGCUCUGCUGAAGAAGUCUCUUGCUCACGACGGUCUUGCUAGGGGCCUCCAUGAGGCGGCCAAGGCCAUUGAGAAGAACAGYGCGCAGCUCUGUCUGCUCGCCGAGGAUUGCAAUCAGCCCGACURCACGAARYUCAUCGAAGCGCUCUGCCAUGAGCACAACGUUCACUUGAUUCAGGUCCCGCAGAACAAGAAGCUUGGCGAAUGGGCAGGCCUCUGCAAGAUUGACUCCGAGGGCAAGCCCCGCAAGGUCGUCGGCUGCUCCUGUGUCGUUGUCAAGGACUACGGCGAGGAAUCCGAAGCCCUCAAUGUUCUUCAGGAGUAUCUCAAGGACCGUUAAGGGAAGCAUCGUUUGUUCUUAGUUCUUUCCUCCCUCUUCUACUUGUCGUAUUCUCUGAGAGAGCGAGCGAGAGCGAGCGAGCGAGAGAGAGAGAGAGAGAGAGAGAGAGAGAGAGAGAGAGAGAGAGAGAGAGAGAGAGAGGGAGAGAGAGAGAUGAGAGAGAUGUGGUGUUAAGUGAAUUGUCUUAUGGCAGUUUUGAGAAAGGUGUGAUGGCUGAGUUCAGCAAUUGUUGAAAGCGGAAGAACAGGUCGUGCAAGAGUAAGGAGAGGCUCACGGGGUGAAACAGGCAGAGAGGGGAUGGAGUAAAAGUGGGGGGUUGGCUGAUGCCAAUGCUGAUCGACGUGCGAUGGCUGUAUGUGGCAAUUGUUCUAAGCGUUGAAAAGAAACCAGGACUGGUUGCAGAAGUGUUAACCUGCCUGGAAAUUUUGUUUUGGUUGUUAAGAGCGAAGAAU